CUGCCAGUCUGCCACCGAACAGAACACGGCACUUCUCUCUACAUCUUUCUCUCUCUAGGCUCAUCACAUAACUUUCAUUACCUAUUUGCAAUUUUGCAGAGAAUCCAUUAACGCGAUGAUGCUGUCUGCGAUUACAGUCGGAGCCACUCUAACUACCCAUAGCAUCCAUCGCAACGCUUUCCGUUGUUGCCCUAUUAACUACCACAAUCCUUGCUGCGUUCUCCUCUACUUUCAGAACCACAAUUCUAGCCGAAGACAUGCUUCUUCGCAGAGGCACAUUUCAGUCACCAGUGAAUCAACUCAAGGGAAGCAAUGCCUCAAAAACCCUAGAAAUGAAAAUGAAACUGAAAGUGAAAGCGAAGCCUUUCAUUUCGUCACCGACUCUGGUUCCGGUGAAGAAGAAGAAGAGAAAGAGGAUUUAGUACCUUCAGCCACCGCGCUCGCGGCGGCUAUACGUAAUGCUUCAACCUCUCCUGUUGAAUUCGAGCAGAAGAUCAAGGGAGAUGGAAAGAAUGGGUUGGUCUUGCCAAGUCCCGAUUUUCAGAGACUCUGUGUGGAGCAGUUGAACCUUUUCCGGAGAAUUGUCCACCCAGACGCUGUGCUAUCGGUAUACGUAAGACCAGCUGGUAGUUAUGUUAUGGACCAAUUGGAGCUUCGGCGAGUUAUUUUGUAUCCCAGAACCAGUGUUCCCGACAGAGCUGAUGUUAUUAUAUUAACUGGAAGUUUUGGAAUUCCAGCAGGCUCACGGGCAGCAGAAGCCACCCUUUCAAAUCGGCAAGUGGAAAUUAUUCCCGAGUGUAAGGCUUUGGUCUUCCCUAUGGUUAAGCACCCGUUUGUUGUGGGAUUUUUGGUUGCUGAGCUUCCAAUGAUGGACUUUGAAGCAUGCACAGAUUCUGACACUGGAAGGCAGGAUAUAUCACUUGGAUCAUCUCCUGAAGAAGCUUAUGGACUACCUCCAUGUUCUGGUAGAAAAAUGUGGGAAAUCCAGACACUUAAGGAGGAUUCAUUGAAAACAGACCACCACAAGUUCACUGCUGAACAGAUUUCAAGUGCUACUAACAUUUCUCACUCUUUGGCCUGUGCUUAUGUUAUGGAUCAGAAAGCAAUUCUACUGCAGCAAUCGUCCUGGCAAAAUAAUGUCAGAAUGAGUAAUCUUGUUGAACAAAUAAGAGGUCCACUUUCUAGCAUCAGGACUUUGAGCAAGAUGUUAUCCAUUCAUAUGAAGAGAAGCGAGAUCUCUUAUGAUAUUGUUGAAGACAUAUUGGUGCAAGGUGAUCAUAUGAGACAUACUUUGCAACAGCUUCAGGAUGCUGUCUACCUCACAAAGGCUAAUAUUGUUCGUUAUAAUGAAGAAACAUUGAGGAAGAUUCAUAACUCAAUGGAUGCUCAUCCAGAGUCAGUGAGAUCAAGAUUGCCGGAGAGCAAUGGGGAAAAUCAUGGUGACAGCGUUAAAAAAUCAGGUCCAACACUAACUUUAAGUGCUUCAGGAAAAGACUUAGAGAUGCCUAUGCCACCUCUUGCUCUUGCAGCACUUCAACAACACAAUAUCAGACCUUGCAAUGUGUCUGAUAUGCUGGAAGAUCUGGUUGCGGCUGCAAGACCUUUAGCUCAUAAGCAGAAACGCACAGUGGAACUAAGUGAAUUCCCACAAUCCUUGCAAGUUGCUGUAGAAGAAUCUGAUUUGCGCCAGGCACUGAGCAACCUGAUCGAGGGUGCACUGUUACGUACUCAUGUUGGUGGCAAGGUUCAGAUUGUAUCUAUGGAAGCACCAGCUGGUGGUGCUCUCGUGGUAAUAGACGAUGAUGGCCCUGAUAUGCACUACAUGACACAGAUGCAUUCCCUCACACCAUUUGGAGUAGAUCUCUUCUCUGAAGGUAUGAUAGAAGAUAACAUGACAUGGAACUUUGUUGCUGGUAUGACAGUUGCUCGCGAAAUACUGGAGAGUUAUGGUUGUGUUGUUCGUGUUAUAUCACCUCGGACCCCAGAUGCUGCCCUUGGGGCAGGUGGAACUCGUCUAGAGCUUUGGUUGCCUUCUCAUCUAGAUGCAUCUGGACCAACCAAUUCAUCUCAAGCAGCGUAGCUGGGAAGUGGGUUGUCCACUUCAAUAGGUCUCACCAUAGUAAAAGAAAUGGGUCUGUCACUGCUUGAAAUUUCUUUACAUCAGGUGGUGACUGCGUUACAGGUCGUUCGCUAUAUAUUGUGUAACUUCUAAAGUGAUUGCUUGUAUAGUUAUCUGUAUAUAACAUGCUUUUGGGGGUUUUAUUGCAAGUCCCUACUGAUUGAUGGGUUCAUUAUUGUUGGAAUAUGUGUCCACGAUAGGGGGGAGUGUCUCCAUCGUGACAUGGUUAUUUGAGUUACUUUCCAAGUUAGAUUGGGUUGUUUAAUUUCCUAGUUAGAAUAGAUCUCUAGUUUCUAAAAUUAGUGUUAGAAUAGGAUUGUCUUUCUUAUUCCACCUAUGAUUGUACUUGGAUCUACUUAUUAUAAAUAUAUGACGGAGGGAGAGUGCCAGAAGAUAUAUCGGCUGCUCCUUACCCUUGCCGUCUCUCUUCUUCUUCCUUA